AUGGCGCCUCCAUCCGACUUCGCCGACUAUCCCAAGCCCGUCGAGGGCCCUGACGUGAAAUACCACCGCAGAGUCGAUAACAAUCCCGUAUUUCGAGGCCUACCCCUCGCAAUUGGCGCUGGCAUCAUCUCGAGAGUCGGAUUCCUCCAGCAGCACUUUUGGGACAAUGCUAGAUUCGGCACCAUCAAGGACAUUCCUGAUCUCGAUGAGAUGCCUUUUAGGUUUCAUCCAACCGUCACUCCCUUGGGAGAUACCAAGCCCAUGCUCGAGUUUGAACCAGACCUUCUCAAGGCCAAGUACACCGACUCACCGGCUCGCUACUACACCGUCGCCGAGUAUCACGAAUUGUUCAAGUCCGGCCAGGUGACGCCCCUCCAAGUUGCCGAGGCCCUUCUGCCCCUCAUCACCAAGCCAUCCGGCAAGUAUUCCGACGCCUGGGUCGAGUCUCCCGGCAAGGACCAUCUCGUUCUUGAAGCCGCCAAGGCGUCGACGGAACGGUAUGCUGCCGGCAAGCCGCUGAGCAUCCUCGACGGCGUGCCUAUUGGUGUCAAGGAUGACACUGCUGUCAAGGGAUAUUCCAACAACAACGGCAUGAAGCAUCACCCAGGUCUUCCCUAUUUUAAGGAGAAGGAAGAAUCUCUCUGGCCUGUCAAGAUGCUUCAAGAGGCUGGUGCCGUGGUCAUUGGCAAGAAUUGUAUGCAUGAGCUUGGCUCAGAUACCAACGGAUGCAAUGUCGCCCAAGGAACUCCAAUCAACUGGCACAACAAGUCCUACUACCCCGGUGGUUCUUCUUCCGGCGCUGCCUCUUCCAUCUCCCUCGGCAUCGUCCCAAUUGCCGUUGGCACCGACGCUGGAGGCAGCAUCCGUGUCCCAGCGGCCUUUAACGGAGUCUACGGCCUCAAGCCUUCGCAUCAGCGCACAGUCUACAUGAACAACACCAUGUGUGUCACUGGCCCCCUCGCCGCCACUGUCUCGGAUCUCACCAUCGCCUACCGCGUCAUGUCCCAGCCCAACCCAGACUGCGCCACUCAGAGCCGCUUCGGCCUAUCCAUCCCGCCAGCUCCGGGAUCUAACAAAGUCAUGGGCAUCUGCCGCGACUGGUGGGGUCAGGCAGACCAGCGUGUCAAGGAUGUGUGCGAGCGAGCUGUCGAUUACUUUGCCAACAAGUGCGGCUACGAGAUCGUCGACAUUUCCAUCCCCUAUCUCCCCGAGGCCCAGCUCGCGCACAGCGCCAUCUGCAUUGCAGAGAUGGCCGCUGACGCCCGCCGCCGCGCUGUCAACCCGGCUGAUUGGCUCACCCUAGUCGGCCCCGUUAACAAGGUCCUCAUGUCCAUCGGAGCCAAGACACCUGCGGGCGACCUGCUCAAGCUCAACGCUCUCCGUGAGCUCAUCAUGAGACACCUGGCAUUCCUCUUCCAGAAGCACCCAGGCCUGCUCAUCAUGACUCCCGUGUCGCCCAUGAACGGGUGGCCAAUCACGCCCGGCGAUGAAAAGUAUGGCAUGAUUGAUGGUGACAAGACCAUCCACAGUAUGAGCUACAUCUUCCUGGCCAACAUGACGGGCACGCCUUCUCUGUCAGCACCGGUGGGAUACCUUGAUCCUGAUCAAGGCGAGGGUAAGUUGCCGGUUGGUUUGCUGGCGACAGGAGAAUGGGGCAGCGAGGAACAGUUGCUGGCCUGGGCCGCAGAAGCCGAAGAUUAUCUGCACCAUGCAACUGAGACGAGUCGCCGUCGCCCAAACGAGUGGGUAGAUGUCAUGAACCUGAACAAGGCAGAUGCUUAG